ACAAAACAUUUUCGGCAAGUUCAAGUUCAAGAGUAUUCUUUCAGAUAAGGAUAUGAACAUAAGUAUCACCUGUGUGAUCUAAAAAGUGCUACAAUCGUUUUGAGCAGUGCUAAUUGAAUGAAAGGAAUUCCAAAUUGAUUGAAGUAUGACCACCAGCAGGAUCGCGAUUACGAGUAGCGGAACUCUUGAGAGUAUUGGGCGUGACGACACCUUCUUUCAAUGCGGUACCCUCCUAGACACAAUCGAUAAGAAUGAACCAGGUGGAGAAACGUUUUUAGAAGUCUACGGUGACGUUUGUUGCAUAAGCGGAUUAUUGCGAAUUGUCGUAUGUUGCAGCUGAGACGUGCGAUGGGCACAGCUCGUAUCAACUGAACUGUGGCAGGUUCGUUCUGUCGGAAGCCGGCGCGUGUGGAACCCGGACAGAAUCGGAGAGGCGAGUGAGUUCAUCGGGAAAAGUUAUCAGCAGCAAUAGUGUCCGAGAGCCUCAGUAUUGGCGUCCCGCAGAUGUCCAAAAAUUGCCUCACAGUUAACGUCGCUUCGACCGAACAGGAACAGGACUUGAGGAGAUGUUCAAGUUCAACAGAUAUCAACAAGCCGUCGUCGAGUUAGGACGGAAAUAGUUGGUUGGGUGCAGUGCCAUCGAUUGUAAUCUUUGAUAUUCAAACUGUUGGUUAAGGAUACUGUUGGCCUAUCAGCUGAGCUUGGCCUAUAUUAAAUGUGAGCUUCUUGUAACGAUAGAUAGUAACCCUUGUUGCUUGAAGCGCUCUAGUAAAGUGCGUGAUAAGAGUACAAGAAAAUUCUACUUGAACGAUCGCUGCGGUUGACCGGGAUUGAUUGAAUAAUAUUUGGACGGCGGAUUAUCACCUUAAGUCGAACGGUGAACGAAUAUAUACAGCUGAGAGCUUUGUGGCCCAAGUUGUUGACCUACGAGUGCGAUCGUUCUGAUUGUGGUGAAUCCAUUGUGCAUAAACGGUAUUUGAACUGCAGGUGGCUCGUGUUGAUAAACCGUUUUUAAGCGAUGAAGUAAAACCGAUAGGCCCAGUGAAAAAUUAGUUAAGGAUUGAAUCAACUCUUUUUGAUAAAACAAGAGAAAAAAUGGCCGAAACAGUUAAAAUGGUAAAUGGCAGUGGAAAUGCGAUAAAUGGGACAAUUGUGAAUGGUUCAGUAACAAAUGGGCAUCCGUUAAAGUUGGCCAAAGUAGAAAGUCCUGCACAAACCGCAGACCUAAGUCAUGAACCUCCGGAUGGAGGCACUAGGGCCUGGCUAGUGAUGGUGGGAGCUUUCCUGUGCAACGGAGUGCUGUUUGGAAUCAUCAAUACCUACAGCGUGGUGUAUCUGAGUUUACAAAAACAGUUGCAGGAGCUGGGUGACAACGAAGCAUCUAGCAAAGCAGCCCUCGUGGGAUCGCUCACAAUAGGAACAACAUUCUUGUUAUCUCCUGUUUCCGGAAUACUCACGGACAAGAUCGGUUUGCGGAGGACAACUCUCAUCGGGGGCGUUCUGACGUGUGGAGGAAUGUUUCUUUCGUCAUUCUUUACGGAUAAUGUAUCUGCACUGUACUUCACCUACGGAAUCAUGUUUGGACUGGGAGCUGCGCUGGCGUACACCCCGUCCCUGGCCAUUCUUGGACACUACUUUAAGCGAUACUUGGGUUUCGUCAAUGGAAUCGUAACGGCCGGAUCCAGCGUGUUCACAGCUAUCAUGCCUUAUUUGCUAGAUAAACUGGUGACGCAUCACGGGCUGGCCAAAUCGUUCCGAGUAUUAUCUGUGAUAUCGAGCUUUGUGAUAUUCUGCGCACUGCUGUAUAAACCGUUGCAACCUCCACCGCCGCCUCCAAAAGUGAAACCUGGCCGCUCACAGUUCAAUACGAUGCUGAGAUCCUUCAUCAAUUUUGACAAUUGGAAAAAGAAGAGGUACAUUAUCUGGGCCCUUUCGAUUCCGAUCGCGUUGUUUGGAUACUUCGUACCCUAUGUCCAUAUGGGUAAAUUCGUGAAAGAUUCUUUCCCUGGUGAAGGGGAAAAUCUACCAGUUAUGUGCAUUGGAAUUACCUCUGGCUUGGGACGAGUUAUUUUUGGAUUUAUAGCUGAUCUUCCGCGAGUUAAUCGUGUGCUGCUGCAACAGAUGUCGUUUGUACUAAUCGGCACAAUGACGAUGCUCUUACCCGCCACUGGAUCAUUCUGGCUUCUACUGGUGAUUGCGCUAGCUAUGGGUCUGUUUGAUGGAUGUUUCAUUUCCCUACUGGGUCCUAUUGCUUACGAUAUUUGUGGUCCACGUGGAGCAACGCAGGCUAUCGGAUUUUUGCUUGGACUAUGCUCGAUUCCGUUGACCGUUGGACCUCCGGUAGCUGGUUUCCUGUAUGAUCAUACUGGUUCAUAUAAACUGCCGUUCAUACUAGCCGGAAUUCCACCACUUUUUGGAGCAACAACCAUGUUCCUCAUCAGAUGCGUCAAGGAUGUUCCAGAAACACCUGCAGCAACACCCUUGAAAGAUCCUACGCACCAACCUCUGGCACAAACCGCUUGGGAUUGUGAAAAUGGACAUCCUAACGGAAAAGCUAACGGUCACGUACGGGAAGAACGCCGGGCAACCCUUGCCAGUACAGAAUCACUUACAGCGGAAAACGAAAACUGAUUUCGGGGCCAAGGCUCCGGAAGGAUUAGUUGGGUUUAAAUUUGUCUAUAGUUAAAAUAGGAGCAAAUCAUCAAAACGAAAAAAAUACAGGAACUUCUCAACAAAUUGCGUACGUACUAAAUCAUCGCUCGACGUGCAUUUUGACCAUCAAACACCAUAUUAGAUGUUUAAUUGUGAUUGUGAGCGGGUCGAAUGUUUGUUUGUUAGUACUAUCUAUAGGUAAUUUUUCGGAUGAACAAUUUCAUCGGCUUGAAGCCAAUAAUUUUAGCUAAAAUGAUGAAAGAUCAAUUGAAAAGAAGAUCAAGAUUACAGAAAUAAUCAAUUCGAAAUCGUAGAAUCUAAACAAUCGUGUGAUUGAUCGCUUUCAAAACGGCAUUCAGUUUGAAACAGAUUCAGUUCUAAUUUCGUUCUUAACAAACUUUUGUUUCUAGCAAAAGGAUGUUCCAAUCGAAUCUAGUGUUUGCAUUAAACAAGAUAUUGCAUUUGAAUAUACACUAUCCUCAGAUUGAAUUGAAUGCUAAUUAGUUCAGAAAAUGUUUUAGUAAGUUGUACAAUAUUUAUGUUUUAGUAAAUAGGUAACAAUUGAAUUGAUCUAGUAGUGGAAUGAAAAAAAUAAUAGCGAUCGUAAUUGUGAUUGAAUAAAAUUAUACAUAUAUUGGAUAAA